AUGGUGUGGCAGGAAUUCCAGCCCAAGACAUGGGAGGAGACGGACAUCGAUAUCAAAAUCACCCACUGUGGGAUCUGUGGCUCUGACCUGCACACUCUGCGGAGCGGCUGGCGCCCAACCAACUACCCCUGCUGCGUCGGCCACGAGAUCGUCGGCGUCGUCGUGCGGGUCGGGACGAAAGCCGAGGGCGGGAUCAAGGUCGGCGACCGGGUGGGCGUGGGUGCACAGAACGACUCGUGCCUGGGGCGGCUGGGCGACUGCCCGGAGUGCGCGAUGGGGGAGGAGCAGUACUGCGCGCAGAAGUUCGUGGGCACGUACAACAACACGCACCUCAACGGCGACAAGAGCUACGGCGGGUACGGGCGGUACCACCGCGUGCCGUCGCACUUUGCGAUCAAGAUCCCCGACGGCAUCCCGUCGGCGCACGCGGCGCCCAUGCUCUGCGGCGGCGUCACGCUGUACAGCCCGCUGAAGCACAACGGCUGCGGGCCCGGCAAACGCGUCGGCAUCAUCGGCGUCGGCGGGCUGGGCCAUUUCGGCGUGCUUUUCGCCAAGGCGCUGGGCGCGGACAAGGUGGUUGCGAUCUCGCGCAAGGCGGCCAAGAGCGCGGAUGCGCUGAAGAUGGGCGCGGAUGUGUACAUCGCCACGGAUGAUGAGGCCGAUUGGGCCACCAAGUAUGCCCGGUCGUUGGAUCUGAUCGUGUGCACCGUGUCUUCUACCAAGAUGCCGAUGGAUGAGUACCUGGGUCUGCUGGCGACCAACGGAAGUCUGGUCCAGGUUGGAUUGCCGGAAGAUGGGACGCUCGCGGCGCCCAUCCACCUGCUGAGGCGCCGUCUGAAGGUGGAGAGCUCGCUGGUGGGAUCGCCCGCCGAGAUCCGCGAGAUGUUCGAGUUGGUCGCCCAGAAGGGAGUCACGCCGUGGGUGGAGGAGGUGCCCAUGAAGGAGGCCAACAAGGCGAUUGUGGACAUGAGCGAGGGCAAGGCUCGGUACCGAGGCCUCAAACUCUAUAUUGGCUGCUUUUCAAUCCAAACCCGGAAGUAUGGACUGGGAGUUUAG